AUGGAUACUACAAGAUUUCUCGGCGUAGGCACCGUCCUAGUCAUUCUCUACUCCGUUCAAGCCACAGCACAGAUCGGAGAAGCCGAGGAUACAAUGCGAUGCGUACAAAAACUAAUGCCGUGUCGUCCUUACAUCCACUCGGAGAUUCCUCCGCCGCCAUGGUGUUGCGAUCCGAUGAAAGAGAUCGCCGAAAAAGACACGACGUGUCUAUGCGCCGUGUUCAACCAUCCGGGCAUGCUCAGUUACAUUAAUCUCAGCAAAGAGAACGCUCUUAGUCUCCUUGAGUCCUGUGGAGCUAAUCAUGACGUCUCUAUUUGUACCAAUACGGCUUAUUCUUCGUCUACUACGCCGUCGGGAUUUACCACCAGCGGGAGCUCUUCCGCCAGCACCACGAAAUAUGCAGCACUAACUAUCAGUUUUUUGGGAUUUAGCUUCAUUUCUGCUUUUACAGGAUUUUGA